AUGACAACAACAACAACAUCAUCAACAUCAACAUCGUUACAAGGACUGGUUCAGUUUCCCUUGAAGAAAUACAAGGCUACUGAUGUCUUUGGUAAUGACUAUCCAUUUGUACAACGAGAGAGAGUUCAAGAACAAAUGAUCGAGGUGGCAUUGUCCAACUUCCAGAACAGAGGAAAGAGCAUUUCUCAGGACCACACAUUAAUCAUUAUUACUGGAGGUUCAGGAAUUGGCAAGACGCGAGCAGGAUAUGAGACGUCACAACUCAAACCUAUCCUUCAAAAGAUGACAGGUAUCGAUACACAGUUCUCACUGUCAAUGGAGGAACCACUCUAUCUCUUUAUCAACAUCUUUAGUGGAUUCACAUAUCGAUUGGACAACCCUUUGUCGGAUAUAUCUGUGAUGAUCGGUGUCAGACUGGCACUCUCAUGUGGCAUGUUUGGAGUUGGCGGUCGGCCAUUCAGGUCGAUUGAUCAGAUCAUCGACUUUAGUCCUGGACUUGCCCAUCAAACACAGGACGGCAGCAAAGUGUUCAAGUCAAUGAUCGAGGUCAUUGGCCACACCUCUCUUUGGGACAACAUCAUUCGAGGUGGACUCGCCGAUACUGGCUAUAUCCCCAAGGACGUUUCAUUCUUCUUGGACUUGUGUCGCUCCAAGCCACAGGAGUUCUCGAGAGAGACAUUCUUCAAAAUACAUAAUCUCAAUCAACCUGCUGGUCGACCGCUCGACGACCUCGAUUACAAGAAGCUUUGUCAACUUUCCUUUACCUCUCACCCUGUGACACUGUCCGACAAACUACCAAGUGGAGCCACCAUCGAUGACCUAAGACUCAAAGGACUGUUGUACUUGUUACCAAUAGAGGACACCGUUACGACAUCAAUUACAGGAGGUACAGCGACACCAUCUAAUUAUCGACUCUACUUGUCAUUCUACAACCUCAACAGUUUUAAUUUCUCUAUAGUCUUAUUUGUGAAACCAACCUUCAACUUCCCAACAUCUUCCGUGGCGCCAAGGGUGCCCAGUAUUUCAAGUGGAGCUAUUGCCAAGGAUGGAUAUCCAAAUACCAAUGUAAAUUAUGAGUUGGAGUCCUCAUUGACUAACAUCAAUGUCACCCACUCCCCUAACAUUGCGAGCAAUGUUCCCAUCACCUCUGACAUCAGGGACACCAGAUGCAUUCUGAAGUGGAGCCAGAAUCCAACACCAAAGAUCGAUUACCGCUUUGUAUUCAAGAUGGAGGAUGGACAUAUCAUUUUUGUCAAUGUUCAAUCAAAGGAGAAUGUCAAGAAUUCAAAGAUGGAGACAACAUUGAUCUUGGAGAAUGCCAAUCUAGUGUCAAAGAACUUUGAGACACUGUGGAGAGCAACCAAGGCACCACCCAACUCAGAUCAGCAGACAUAUACAGUUGCUAGCAAAACGGAAUGGUCACUCAUCUAUCUUCUGGUCACCAAUCGUGUCGUUGAUCAAGAUGUCAUUGAUCAAUAUGCCAAGAUGAAGUCAAUGGGUGGAAAUGGCGAUUCACCGACCAACCACAUCAGACCGAAUCACUACCUCAUCGUGGUCUCUGCCGACAACUUCCAAGAGUUCUUUGGCGAUGCACUCACACAUAGAGGAUUGAUGGUACAACCGAGUGACGACGAGAUCGAUGACGACACAACAGACAGCUCACUACCAAUCGAAUGA